AUGGCGGAUCAAGAACUUACUUCGGAAAUCUUAAAGAAGAAAUGGGAUCGUUUCAGUUCGAUCUUUCAAUUCUAUGUUGAACCACAAACUUUGCCAGUGGCUCAUAUCUUGAUUGCCAAUCUUCGUUUGAAGUUGCGUAAUAUUGCACCACCUCGUGCUGUGCUAGAGGUUGCCUGUGGUGCAGGUGCCUCCACCAAGUUGUUGCUCUCGAUGAAGGAAACGUCGACAUCGCUCACCGCCGUCGAUCUCUCGACAGAGAUGAUCACACUCGCCAAAGAUCGUCUCGGAAUGGCACAGUCGCAAGACUCGGACGAGUCAAAGCUUCUCACCGUCAAGCAAGCCGACGCCGAACAUCUUCCAUUCGGAGAUGCCGCAUUCGAUCGUUACAUGUGUAAUUUCUGUCUGCACUUGGUUGUUGACCCCGACCAGAUGUUACGCGAGAGCUACCGUGUGUUGGAGUCGGGUGGUAUCGCCACCUUCUCUGUGUGGGGCAGACCAGAGAACUCCAACCAAUUCACCAUCACCAAGAACAUGGCUGAGGCAUUGGAUAUUCACAUCCCAAGAACUGGAAAGACUGCAUUCCAUCUUCACGACAUUGAACUACUGAAAAAGAUGGCAUUGGCCGCUGGAUUCUCAAAGGUCUUGGCAGGAUACACAUUCAACAACGCAUUGGUCUUAACCGGUAAAGAAUAUGUAGAGUGUUUCUUAUCUGGUCCAGAUGUUAUCGAUACAAUGACAAGAAUUGGUGCAGAGAAAUCAGAACAAUGGAAGAAAAAUACUGAAGAAUAUGUUGAUGAUUUAUUAAGUAAAGGUCAAUUUAUUGGUUUAGAGGUUGCUUAUUUGGUUUGCAUUAAAUAA